UUCCUGUUUAUUCAGAUACUGCACGACUAAGGAAGCACAAUGGUUGCUGGAAUGUUAAUGCCCCUGGACAACCUGAAGGCCAUCUAUGAGCAUCUGUUUCGGGAUGGGGUCAUGGUGGCCAAGAAAGACAAGCGGCCUCAGACCAAACACCCUGAGAUUACUGGUGUGGAUAACCUGCAGGUGAUAAGAGCCAUGGGCUCGAUGAAGUCCAGGGGGUAUGUGAGGGAGACCUUUGCGUGGAAGCAUUACUACUGGUACCUCACUAACGAAGGGAUUGUCUACUUGCGCGAUUACCUGCAUUUGCCUCCUGAGAUCGUUCCCACACCGCUGCAGAGAGUACGACGGCCAGCUGCCACUCUGGCCAUCGCCCGCAGGGCAGAACAGGUUCAAGUGGUUCAGGGUCCAACGUCUUAUGUUCCUAAACCUGGCAGGAUGGGUGCAGAAAAGCAAGAGGCUUUACUGGAUCGACAGGAGUAUCGUCGCAAAAUAGCGAGAAUGGAUGAGGCUGAAAUGACUGAAUCCAAUGAGAGAACACCAAGAUUUAGAGGUCGUCCAAUGGCUAGCGCUCAGAUCAGACCCAGGGAAUCCAAAGAGCAGCCCAUGCUUUCUGAUACUCGCGAUUACACCAAAGAGAUGGAACCAAGUGUUAGGAGGAAGGUCGCUAUGCAUUUGGUCUCCCAAAUGCCUCCUAUUGAAACGCACCAUGCCAAGCCAGUUGAACAGGAAAAGAUGGUGGAACUCAAGGAAUGCACCAAGACGGCAUUCGUUCAGAAAACACAAAAGGUUUAUAUGAGCCAAGAUGUGCCAACCAUUUCUUCAAACGUGGGCGCAACAGCAGCGGAAUCCUCUUUGUUUUCUGAAGCAGUCAAAGAAAAGCCCAAAGAAGAAGUGUCUAUAAAGGUCUCACGUGAAACAACAUCCACAGCAGCUGGAGAUGGCAAAACGGCUAAGGAUGCUCGUCAUCCUGCCCCCUUAAAACCGAAGGUGGAGAAAAGACAGAAAACUACUGUGACGAAAAAUGUGCAGGAUGUGCCUGCUGUUUCAUCAGCAGUGGAAACCUCUGUAUUUUCGGUCCAUACUGAAGCAGUCAAAGAAAAGCCCAAGGAAGAGGUAUUUGUCAAGGUCUUCCAGCAAACCACAUCCACUGAAACGGCUAAAGAUGCUUCUCAACCCACUGCCUCAAAACUGAAGGUGGAGAAAACACAGAAAACUACUGUGGCCAAAAAUGUGCAGGAGGCUUCAUCAACAGUUAAGGCAACAUCAGGCGAAUCCUCUGUGUCUGCUGUUCCUACUGAAGCAGCAAAAGAAAAGCCCAAGGAAGAGGUGUUUAUUAAGAUCUCUAAGAAAACCACAUUCACAGUUGCAGAUAUUAGCAAAAUUGCUAAAGAUGCUCCUCGACCUACUCCCUCAGAACAGAAGGUGGAGAAAACACAGCAAACCUUGGUGACAAAAAAUGUGCCAGCUGUGUCAUCAGCAGUGGAGACAACUGCAGUGAAAUCCUCUGUCUUUACUGAAGCAGUCAAAGAAAAGCCAAAGGAAGAAGUGUGUGUCAAGGUCUCUCAAAUCAGUUCCAAAACAGACAAGGAUAGCAAAUCAGAUAAGGAUGCUUCUCAUCCUAUUCCUUUGAAACCAAAAGUGGAGAAAACUCAGAAAACCACAAAGACAAAAAAUGUGCAGGAUAUACCAACUGUGGAGGAAACAGCAGUGCAGUCCACUAUAUUUCCUGUCACUGCUGAAGCAACUGAAGAAAAGCACAAGGAAAAAGUGGAGACCACACCCAAAGGUGACAGCAAAAUAUAUAAGGAUGCUACUUGUCCUACUCUGUCAAAAUCAAAGGUGGAGAAAACGCAGCAAGCCCCAGUGACCAAAAAUGUGCAGGAUGUGGUAACUGUUUCAUCAGCAGUGGAGACAACUGCAGUGAAAUCCUCUGUCUCUGCUAAAGCAGUCGAAGAAAAGCCCAAGGAAGAAAUGUGUGUCAGUGUCUCCCAGGAAACCACACCCAAAGGCGAUGGCAAAAUAGAUAAGGAUGCUUCUCAUCUUACUGCAUCAAAACCAAAAGCGGAGAAAACACAGAAAACCACAAAGGCCAAAAAUGUGCAGGAUAUACCAACCAUUUUAUCAACAGCAGUGCAAUCCUCUGAAGGUUCUGUCUCUGCUGAAGCAGUCAAAGAAAAGCCAAAAGAAGACGUCUUUAUGAAAGUCUCCCAGGAAAUUGUAUUCACAGUAACUGAUGAUAGUAAAAUGGCUAAGGAUGCUCCUCAUCCUACUCCAUCAAAACCAAAGGUGGAGAAAACUAAAAAUAUGCAGGAUGUGGCAGCUGCUGCUUCUUCAGCAGUAGAGACAACUGCAGCGAAAUCCUCUGUCUCUACUGAAGCAGUCAAAGAAAAGCCCAAGGAAGAAGUGUGUGUCAGUGUCUCUCAAGAAACCACAUCCAAAGGUGAUAGCGAAGAGAAUAAGGAUGCUCCUCGUCCAUCAAAACCAAAAGUGGAAAAAAUGCAAAAAAACACAAAGACCAAAAAUGUGCAAGAUAUACCAAAGAUUUUAUCAACAGCAGUGCAAUCCUCUGCAGUUUCUGUCUCUACUGAAGCAGUCAAAGAAACGACUAAGAAAGAUGUGUGUAUUAAUGUCUCUGUAGAAACCACACCCACAAUCGAUAGCAAAAUGCAUAAGGAUGCUCCUCAUCCUUAUCCAUCAAAACCAAAAGUGGAGAAAGCACAGAAAACCAUGCUGACCAAAAAUGUGCAAGAACAACCAAUCAAGACAGACGUUACAAAUCAGACCUCCAUUGCACCGCAUGAUGUGCCUGCUGUUCAUGUCGAUGAGACGAAGUCAACUACCUCUAUUAGCACCCAGCUGCCUGUCAAAUCUCUAGAAUCAGCAGCGCCACCUCUCCCUAAGAAAGAAGAUUUGUCAAAACACAUUGCUGAAAAGAAAUCAGAGAUUAAUCUGCCACUGCAGGUCUCUGUAGAGAAGACAGCAUCUAGCACUGUUCAAAUGAUUGACAAACAACAGAAAGCACUUGGUUCCCAAAAAACAAAGGAUGUCCAAGAAGCACCUAAAGAUGACAACACUCGUCCUUUGAAAGUUCAUGAAAAGGUGGAGAUUCCUCGUGCCAUUUCUACAGCUGAGGUCAAGGCAGAGGUUAAAGGUUGCAAGCCUUAUCUCAGCCCUGAAUCUCAGUCCCCGUCUACAGCUGCUGAAGUAAAGAUGACCACAGCUGACUCCAGCAAGACUGCAGAAGUCCAAGCGCAAACGCCUAAGAAAUUGGAAUCUGAUACAGAUUCUGAUUCUGUAUCACCAGCAAAACUGACUGAGGAGCCUGUAGUCACUACAGCUGCAAAAGACGGAGAUACAGAGGACGCCUCAAAGCCUUCGAAAGGAAAGAAGAAAAAGAAGAAUUCUGCAAACAAAACUUCAGCUGGAAAACAAGUCCCACCGCCUAUAGCUGAGACAAAGGUGAAAGAGCUAAAGACCGAGAAUGCUGGUCAGGUUGACCUUCUUAAGGUCGAGGGCCCAACAAAUGAUUUUGCAAAGACAUCCCCUGAGGGAAUGCACGCUGUGGAGAGCGUGCAGCCAACAGCUGUACAGAAUGAGGCCCCGGCUCACAAAGGGGAGGUGGAGCCUGCGCAGCCCUUGCCUGAAAAACGGGAGGUUCUGAAAGGAAAAACAUCCUCCUCGCAGAGACAGUGGGAAGCACCAGCAGCCUCAGCGUCAGCAGCAGCCUCGGCCCAGCUCAGCCCCCUCCCCGAGCAGGGGGAACCUCCCAGAGUUGCACAACACACGCCUGCUCCUGACACACAGCAGAGCUCAGAGAAGCAGAGCAGACUUUCGGAUAGCAAGGCCCCUGCACAGCCUAUCAUCACUGACCCUCUUCCUGCCGACGAGAACACCUGCGACGCGCAAGAGCAGUCCGUAGACGACGCCAUGCGGAAGAAGAUCGUUGUGGUAGAGGAAGUGAUUGAAGUGCAACAGAUUGCCAGUCCUGUUGCAGACCAACCUGUUACACCCCCAGUGCCAGAGAUCGCAGGAGAUGAAUUGGACUACGAUGUCUUGGAAGAACUGGCCAUAGAGCGUGGCCUCCUGCAGGGUGCCGUUGAAGAGACUUGCUGGGAUCAUUCACUCCAAGAGCCCGAGGAGAAAUCCUUCUCCAAAUUCAUAGAAGAUGAACGGGACAGAGUGCAGAAGAAGACUUUCACAAAAUGGGUGAACAAACACUUAAUAAAGACUCAGCGUCAUGUGAAUGACCUGUAUGAAGAUCUCCGAGAUGGACAUAACCUGAUCUCCCUUCUGGAGGUCCUCUCCGGAGAGACGCUGCCUCGUGAGAGAGGACGCAUGCGAUUCCACAAACUGCAGAAUGUGCAGAUAGCACUGGAUUUCCUCAGACACCGGCAGGUCAAGCUGGUGAAUAUCAGGAACGAUGACAUUGCAGACGGGAACCCAAAGCUGACGCUGGGUCUCAUAUGGACCAUCAUCCUGCACUUCCAGAUUUCAGAUAUCCAGGUGAACGGUCAGUCAGAUGAUAUGUCAGCGAAGGAGAAGCUGCUCCUCUGGUCUCAGCGGAUGGUGGAGGGUUACUCUGGUAUCCGCUGUGAUAACUUCACCACUAGCUGGAGGGAUGGAAAGCUCUUCAACGCUGUUAUACACAAACACGACACAUUUUGGGCAACGAUGAUGCUCAACUUGAAGAGGCGUCUGUCCUUUAAGAAGCGUCGGGCCAGCUCCAGCAGCACUAUGGCUUCUGCGAGUGACGUGGAGGACUGUGUGAUCAUGCUGUGCGAGGAUAUUCCCUCCGAGAGUUCCCUGGACUCCGGCCGUGGCUCCCAGAGUCCAGGCGCUUGCUCCAGCGGAGACUCUCAGACGGGAUACGGGCCGGACUGGAGCUCAGUGGGCUAUUUACCAGAGAGAGACCUGAGGCAGAUCCAUGGAGGCUUCGGGACGGACGAUCGGAGCAUGGAGCUGGAGCUGUGCUGGCAGGAGUAUUACGAGCUGGUCACCGUUCUUCUCCAGUGGAUCAGACAUCAUGUACUCAUCUUUGAGGAGAGGAAGUUUCCCAGCAGCUAUGAGGAGGUCGAGAUUCUGUGGCGUCAGUUUCUGAAAUUUAAAGAAACAGAGCUUCCCGCAAAAGAAUCGGACAAGAGCCGCUCCAAACACCUCUACCAGUCCUUUGAGAGCGCGGUCCACGCUGGUCAGGUUAAGGUUCCUCCUGGUUAUCAUCCCAUUGACGUUGAGAAGGAAUGGGGGCGUCUACAUGGGGCUAUUCUGGAGAGGGAGAGACUGCUCCGGAUAGAGUUUGAGAGGUUAGAGCGUCUCCAGCAGAUCGUCAGUAAAGUGCAGAUGGAAUCAAGCAUGUGUGAGGAACAGCUCAACCAGACUGAGUCUCUACUGCAGACGGAUAUCCGUCUCCUGAGUGCCGGGAAACCAGCGCAGCACACGGUUGAGCUGGAGAGGGAUCUGGACAAAGCCGACGGCAUGAUCCGGCUCCUCUUCAACGACGUUCAGCUGCUCAAAGACGGGCGCCAUCUGCAGGCGGAGCAGAUAUAUCGCAGGGUCUACCGCUUACACGAGCGCUUGGUGAACUUGCGCAGCGACUACAAUCUGAGACUCAAGCCCAGCGUCAGCACGGCCUCUCACGUCUCCAUCACACACAUUACCCAGAAGCCUGUGCAGCGCGCGCGGCCCGAGCUCGAUGAGGUCACCCUGCGUUACGCGCAGGACCUGUUAUCCUGGGUGGAGGAGAACCAGCGGCGGAUCGAUACGGCCGAGUGGGGCAUCGAUCUUCCCUCUGUGGAGUCUCAGCUGGGCAGCCACAGAGGACUUCACCAAACCAUCGAGGACUUCAAGACUAAGAUCGAGCGCGCACGAACAGACGAGAACCAGCUCUCGCCUGCAAGUAAAGGCACAUACAGAGAAUAUCUGGGCAAACUGGAUCUGCAGUACAACAAACUGCUGAACUCCUCCAAGUCCCGUCUGAGAAAUCUUGACCAGCUGUAUAACUUCGUCAGCGCCGCCACCAAGGAACUGAUGUGGCUUAAUGACAAAGAGGAAGAGGAGGUCAACUACGACUGGAGUGAGCGCAACACCAACAUGGCUGCAAAGAAAGAGAACUACUCAGGACUCAUGCGAGAACUGGAACUUAGAGAGAAGAAAAUCAAUGGCAUCCAGGCCAGUGGAGACAGACUCAUUAAAGACGGACAUCCAGGCAAGAAGACUGUUGAGGCGUUCACCGCAGCUCUGCAGACGCAGUGGAGCUGGAUCCUCCAGGUGUGCUGUUGCCUUGAAACUCAUCUCAAAGAAAACACUGCAUACUUCCAGUUCUUUGCUGAUGUGAGAGAUGCUGAGGAGAGGAUGAAGAAGAUGCAGGAGACCAUGAAGAAGAAGUACAUGUGUGACCGCACCACCACUGCCACUCGUCUGGAGGAUCUACUUCAGGACGCUGUUGAGGAAAGAGAGCAGCUGAACGAGUUCAAGUCUGACAUCGGCGUUUUGAACAAGAGAGCCAAGUCCAUCAUCCAGCUGAAGCCGCGCGACCCCACCAGCCCCUUCAGAGGCAAGCGGCCCAUCCAGGCCGUGUGUGACUUCAAACAGAUGGAGAAAUUUACUUUAGCAUUUCAGACAUUGCACUUUCACCAUCUGGAGGCCGGUCAACAGCAGACUCUGGCUCUGUGGCAGAAGCUUCACGCUGACCUCAGGAGUCUGUUGUCUUGGCAAUACCUGAUGAAAGACAUCCAUCUCAUCCGCUCCUGGAACAUCACUAUGUUCAAGACGAUGAAGCCAGACGAGUACCAGCUGAUGCUGAGGAACCUCCAGCUGCACUAUCAGGACUUCCUCAAAGACAGCCAGGACUCCAAGCUUUUCGAUUCCAGUGACAACAUGCAGAUCGAGAGGGACUAUAAGGAGACCGUACAGCAUUACGACAGCCUGCUCCGCACCCUGGAGAAAGGCGAGCAGGAUGAAUCCAUAUGCAAGUCGUACAUCACCCAAAUCAAAAACCUGCGCCUGCAGAUCGAAGACUGUGAGUCUCGUACGGUGGCCCGUAUCCGGCGACCAGUGGAUAAAGAUCCGCUCAGAGACUGCAUGCAGAAGACUGCUGAUCAGAGAAAAGUGCAAAUGGAGCUGGAAGGAAUUAAGAAGAACCUGGACCGAGUGUCUCAGAAAGCUGAGGAGGUGCUGUCCUCGCCGGAGCAGUCCAGCACUCCAGUCCUGCGCUCAGAGCUGGACAUCACCCUGCAGAAGAUGGACCAAACCUACAACCUGUCCUCAGUCUACCUGGAGAAACUUAAGACAAUAGAAAUUGUGAUCCGGAACACACAAGGGGCAGAAGAUGUAGUGAAGAAAUAUGAGAAUCGCCUGCGUGAGGUUCACACGGUCCCUACAAACGUCCAGGAGGUGGAGAACUACGGCUCUGAGCUCAAGCGAAUGCGUUCGGAUGCAGAAACCCAGCGGCCCGUGUUUGAUGACAUGGAGAGUGAGCUGGCCAAGGCCACGGCGGUCAGCCAGCGCAUGCUUCAGGUUCACAGCGAGCGGGACGCUGAGCUGGAUCACUACCGGCAGCUCCUGGGCAGCCUGCAGGACCGCUGGCGCGCCGUCUUCGCUCAGCUCGACCUGCGGCAGCGUGAGCUCGAGCAGCUGGGCCGGCAGCUGGGCUACUACAGGGAGAGCUACGACUGGCUCAUCCGCUGGAUCGCAGACGCCAAACAGCGGCAGGAGAAGAUCCAGGCCGUGCCUAUAAUCGACAGCAAGACGCUCAAAGAGCAACUGGCACAGGAGAAGAAACUGCUUGAAGAGAUUGAGAAAAACAAAGAGAAAGUUGAUGAGUGCCAGAAAUAUGCCAAAGCUUACAUCGAUACCAUUAAGGACUAUGAACUUCAACUGGUUGCCUACAAAGCUCAGGUCGAACCUCUGACUUCUCCUUUGAAGAAAACCAAGAUGGAGUCUGCCUCUGAUAACAUCAUUCAAGAGUAUGUCACUCUGAGAACUCGCUAUAGUGAGCUGAUGACGCUGACCAGUCAGUACAUCAAGUUCAUCACAGACACGCAGCGGCGCAUCGAGAACGAGGAGAAAGCUACUGAGAAACUAAAAGCAGAAGAGAGGAAAAAAAUGGCUGAGAUGCAGGCAGAGUUAGAGAAACAGAAGCAGCUAGCUGAAGCUCAUGCCAAGGCCAUUGCCAAAGCAGAGAAAGAGGCACAGGAGCUCAAGCUCAUGAUGCAAGAGGAGGUUAGCAAACGAGAGAUUGUUGCUGUGGAUGCUGAAAGGCAAAAACAGAACAUCCAGCUGGAGCUGCACGAGCUCAAAAACCUCUCCGAACAACAGAUCAAAUCAAAGAGCCAACAAGUGGAGGAGGCUUUACAAAGCCGGGUUAAGAUAGAGGAAGAGAUCCGCAUCAUAAGACUUCAACUGGAAACUACAUUGAAGCAAAAGUCCACUGCAGAGGACGAGCUCAGACAGCUUAGAGACAAGGCUGCAGAGGCGGAGAGACUUCGCAAAGCUGCUCAGGAAGAGGCUGAGAAACUUCACAAGCAGGUUAACGAGGAGACUCAGAAGAAGCGGAUGGCGGAGGAAGAGUUGAAGCUGAAGUCUGAAACAGAGAAAGAGGCUGCCAGGCAGAAGCAGAAAGCCCUGGAUGACCUUGCGAAGCUCAAGAUGCAGGCAGAGGAGGCAGAAAGACACAUGAAGCAGGCUGAGAUCGAGAAAGACAGACAAAUCAAGCUCGCUCAAGACAUAGCUCAGAAAAGUGCUGCUGCUGAGCUGCAGAGCAAGCGCAUGUCCUUUGUCGAGAAGACAUCCAAACUUGAGGAGUCGCUCCGAGAGAAGCACGGGACUGUCGUGCAACUGCAGGAGGAGGCAGAACGCCUCAAGAAGCAACAGGAAGAGGCAGACAAAGCAAGGGAGGAGGCUGAGAAGGAGCUUGAAAAGUGGAGGCAAAAAGCCAAUGAAGCCCUUCGUCUAAGGCUCCAGGCAGAGGAAGAAGCCCACAAAAAGACUGUUGCACAGGAAGAUGCUGAAAAACAGAAAGACGAGGCUGAGCGUGAGGCCAAAAAACGGGCCAAAGCUGAAGAGUCUGCCCUGAAACAGAAAGACAUGGCCGAGCAAGAGCUGGAGCGGCAGAGGAAGCUGGCAGAGAGCACAGCGCAACAGAAGCUAUCCGCAGAGCAGGAGCUGAUCCGCUUGAGGGCUGAUUUUGAUCAUGCCGAGCAACAGAGAUCACUGCUCGACGAUGAACUGUACCGUCUAAAGAAUGAGGUUAGCGCUGCAGAGCAGCAGCGGAAGCAGCUUGAAGAUGAGCUUUCCAAAGUUAGAAGUGAAAUGGACAUACUUUUGCAGCUGAAGUCUAAAGCUGAAAAGGACAGCAUGUCCACCACUGAAAAGAGUAAACAACUCUUGGAAGCUGAAGCUGCUAAACUGAGGGAUCUUGCAGACGAAGCAGCCAAGCUCCGUGCCAUUGCUGAAGAGGCAAAGAGACAGAGGCAGGUGGCUGAGGAAGAAGCAGCGAGACAGAGAGCGGAAGCUGAGAGAAUUCUCAAAGAGAAACUUGCUGCCAUUAAUGAGGCCACUCGCUUGAAAACUGAAGCAGAGAUUGCUCUAAAAGAAAAAGAGGCAGAAAAUGAACGCCUGAGAAGGAAAGCUGAGGAUGAGGCUUACCAGAGAAAAGCUCUUGAAGAUCAGGCAAGCCAGCACAAGCAAGACAUUGAUCAGAAGAUCGAACAACUCAAGAAGUCCUCUGAAAUGGAAUUAGACAGACAGAAAUCAAUUGUGGAUGAAACUCUCAAACAGAAAAGAAUAGUUGAAGAGGAGAUUCGUAUCUUGAAAAUGAACUUUGAGAAGGCUUCAUCUGGCAAGCUUGAUUUGGAGCUUGAACUGAAUAAGCUGAAGAAUAUUGCAGAGGAAACACAACAAAGCAAACUGCGAGCUGAAGAGGAAGCCGAGAAGCUGCGCAAGCUUGCCCUUGAAGAAGAAAACAGAAGAAGGGAGGCUGAAGAAAAACUUAAAAAGAUUACUGCCGCAGAGCAGGAAGCAGCUCGACAGCGCCAGGUUGCUCAAGAAGAAGUGGAGCGUCUCAAAAGGAAAGCUGAUGAGGCCAGAAAGCAAAAAGAAGAUGCUGAUAAAGAAGCUGAGAGGCAAAUACUCGCUGCAAAAGAGGCUGCUGAGAAAGCAAUUACAGCUGAGCAGCAAGUCCAAAGUGUUCUUGUUCAGCAGAAAGAGGACAGCCUGGUAAAGGAAAGGCUCAAGGAGGAGUUUGAGAAAGCCAAAAAGCUUGCCCAAGAAGUGGAAAAGGCCAAAGAAAAGGCAGAGAAAGAGGCUGCCCUCCUCCGCCAACAAGCAGAAGAUGCAGAGCAUCAGCGUCAGGCUGCUGAGGUUGAAGCAGCCAAUCAGGCCAAAGCCCAAGAAGCCGCUGAGAGGCUCAGAAAAGAGGCAGAGCUAGAGGCAGAAAAGCGUGCCCAGGCAGAGGCAGCAGCACUGAAACAGAAACAGCUAGCUGAUGAGGAGAUGGCUAGGCACAAGACACUUGCAGAGCAGACACUUAAGCAGAAGUCUCAGGUUGAGCAAGAGCUCGCUAAAGUGAAACUGCGGUUGGAUGAGACAGACAAACAGAAGACUCUCCUAGAUGAUGAGCUUCAUCGCCUAAAGGACGAGGUCAGUGAUGCUGUUAAACAGAAAGCCCAGGUAGAGGAGGAACUGUUCAAGGUCAAGAUUCAAAUGGAGGAGCUCAUCAAACUCAAGCUCAGAAUUGAAGAGGAGAACCAACGUCUCAUCCAGAAGGACAAAGAUAAUACUCAAAUAUUCUUGGCUGAGGAGGCUGAGAACAUGAAAAAACUUGCAGAGGACGCUGCCAGGCUCAGCAUUGAGGCCCAGGAGACUGCUCGCAUGAGACAUAUUGCAGAGACUGACCUUGCCGAGCAAAGAGCACUUGCUGAAAAGAUGCUUAAAGAAAAGAUGCAAGCCAUUCAGGAGGCCUCUAAACUUAGAGCAGAGGCAGAAAUGCUACAGAGACAGAAAGACCUUGCCCAAGAGCAAGCUCAAAAGCUGCUUGAAGACAGACAACUGAUGCAGCAACGGCUUGAGGAGGAAACUGAGGGCUUCCAAAAAUCGUUGGAGGCUGAGCGCAGAAGACAGUUGGAGAUAACAGCUGAGGCAGAGAAACUUAGACUUCAGGUGUCCCAGCUCAGUGAUGCUCAGUCUAGAGCUGAGGAGGAAGCCAAGAAAUUCAAGAAGCAGGCAGAUGAGAUUAAUGCCCGACUUCAUGAGACCGAGCUUGCCACCAAAGAGAAAAUGACAAUUGUUGAAACAUUGGAAAUACAGAGAUUGGGCAGUAACAAAGAAUCAGAUGACUUGCGCAAAGCCAUUGCUGAUCUUGAGAAAGAGAAGUCAAAAUUGAAAAAAGAGGCUGAAGAGUUACAGAAAAAGUCCAAAGAGAUGGCGAAUGCUCAGCAAGAACAAAUUAAACAGGAGAAAACAUUUCUCCAGCAGACAUUUAUGUCAGAAAAGGAGAUGCUGCUGAAGAAGGAAAAACAAAUUGAGGAUGAAAAAAAGAGGUUAGAGAGCCAAUUUGAAGAAGAGGUCAAAAAGUCAAAAGCCCUUAAGGAUGAGCAGGAACGUCAAAGAAAACAAAUGGAGGAUGAGAAGAAUAAACUGAAGGCCACUAUGGAUGCUGCUCUGAUAAAACAGAAAGAGGCUGAACAAGAGAUGCUCAACAAGCAGAAAGAGAUGCAAGAACUUGAGAGGAAAAGGCUUGAACAAGAAAGGGUUCUUGCUGAGGAAAACCAGAAACUGCGUGAGAAACUUCAGCAGCUUGAGGUUGCUCAAAAAAUCACCCAGGAGAUUCACAUCCAGACAGAAUGCAAAAAAGUCCUCAAUGGUCAAAGUAUUUCUGAUGAAGUUGACAGCACACAUGGCUUCUCUCCAUUAUCCUUCGAUGGCAUUCGUGAGAAGGUGCCUGCAAGUAGACUUUUUGAAAUAGGACUUUUAAGCAAAAUGGAUUAUGAUAAGCUCCAGAGCGGUGAAACCACAGUCGAAGAACUCAGCCAGACAGACAAACUUAAAACAGUUCUUCGGGGCAAGAACUGCAUUGGUGGCCUGCUUGUGCAUCCAAAUCAAAAAAUGCCCAUCUAUCAAGCCGUCAAGGAGAAGAAGAUUGCUCCUGGGACUGGGCUAGUGCUGCUGGAGGCACAGGCUGCUUCUGGAUACAUAAUAGACCCAGUUAAAAACAAGAAACUCUCUGUCAAUGAGGCAGUUAAAGAGGGUCUAAUUGGACCUGAACUUCACAACAAGAUGCUGUCUGCGGAGAGAGCUGUCACUGGCUACAAGGAUCCAUACACAGAGGCAAAGAUCUCCCUCUUUGAAGCUAUGAAGAAGGGUCUCAUUGGGGAGGAUCAUGCCAUCAGGUUGCUUGAGGCUCAGAUAGCAACAGGUGGCAUUAUUGAUCCAGUCAAUAGUCAUCGUGUGCCAAAUGAAAUAGCUUAUAAGCAGGGUCAGUUUGAUGCAGCCACCAAUAAAAUCCUACAAAAUCCAACAGACAAAGUCAAGGGAUUCUAUGAUCCAAACACCCAAGAAAAUCUGAUGUACCAACAGCUACUAGAAAGGUGUGUCACUGAUCCAGGAACAGGACUUCUACUUUUGCCCAUUUCUGAGGAGGCUGCUCAAAAUGCCAGGAUAUUCACAGAUGAGGAAACAAGAGAUGUGUUUGACAAGACAACUGUGUCUGUGCCAUUCGGCCGUUUUAAAGGAAAGACUGUGACCAUAUGGGAGAUUAUAAACUCUGAGUACUUCACUGAAGACCAGAAAAAAGAUCUUAUCCGCCAGUACAAAACGGGAAAAAUUACAGUUGAAAAGAUCAUCAAAAUUGUCCUAACUGUGGCAGAGGAAAAAGAGAAAAAGAAUGAACUUGCCUUUAAUGGCCUGAGAGCACCUGUACCUGCUACAAAACUUCUUGAAUCAAAAGUUAUUGACAAAGAUAUCUAUAACAAGUUGCAGAAAGGACAACUGCUGGUAAAAGACGUGUCUGAGAUGGAGCAUGUGCGCAAUGCCUUGAAAGGCUCUAACUGCAUUGCUGGAGUAAUUAUUGACUCAACCAAACAAACAAUGGCCCUUUAUGAUGCCAUGAAAAGAGACAUGAUGAGACCUGGGCCUGCUCUUAAUCUCUUGGAAGCACAAGCUGCCACGGGAUAUGUCAUAGAUCCUGUUAAAAACCAAAAACUUACAGUAGAUGAGGCUGUCAAAGCAGGUGUUGUUGGUCCAGAACUUCAUGAAAAACUGCUGUCUGCAGAGAGAGCUGUCACAGGCUAUAAAGAUCCUUACACUGGAAAAACAAUUUCUCUGUUCGAGGCUAUGAAGAAAGACCUGAUCAUGAAGGAACAAGGAAUUCGACUGCUUGACGCACAACUGGCAACCGGAGGCAUCAUUGAUCCUGUUCAAAGUCACCGUAUUCCACAUGACAUUGCCUGCACAAAGGGCUGCUUUGAUGAUGCAACCCAGAAGUUUUUGAGCAGCCCAAGUGAUGAAGUUAAAGGAUACUUUGACCCAAACACUCAGGAAUAUCUCACAUAUCCACAGCUUUAUAAACGAUGUGUCACUGACAAAAAGACUGGCCUUCAGCUUCUGCCUUUGUCUGAACAAGCUAUCAAUGCCAAAGAGGAGAUGAAGUACACUGAUGCCCAGACCAAAGACGCAAUGACUCAGGCAACUGUUGAACUUCAAAGUGGACCAUUCAAAGGGAGAAAAGUUACCUUAUGGGAGCUCAUUAACUCUGACUAUAUCACUGAAGAGCAAAGGCUUGACCUAAUAAGGCAAUACAGAUCUGGGAAAAUGACAAUUGAGAAGAUUAUAAAGGUUUUAAUUGAAAUUGUUACUAAGAAAGAUGCCAAGAAACAAGAAGAGGGCUGCUUUAAGGGACUUAGGGCGCCAGUUCCAGCCAAGUCAUUAUUUGACUCCAAAAUCAUUGAUAAGUCUACCUAUGAUUUGCUGGAACAAGGUAAAAAGACUCCAAAAGAGGUCAGCAAAAACGCUUCAGUCAACAAGUAUCUCCAAGGCUCUGAGAGCAUUGGUGGACUUUACCUUGAGCCUACAAAAGAGAAAGUUAGCAUCUACCAAGCAAUGAAAAGGAAAUUCCUCAGACAGAACACAGGUAUUGCCUUGCUUGAAGCUCAAGCUGCCACAGGAUUCAUUGUGGAUCCAUCAAGAAAUGAAUGUCUCACUGUGGAUGAUGCUGUUAAAGCAGGUCUUGUUGGCCCAGAGCUUCAUGAGAAACUUCUCUCUGCUGAAAAAGCUGUCACUGGAUAUAAAGACCCAUUCACAGGCAAUAAGAUAUCCCUAUAUCAAGCCAUGGACAAAGACCUCAUCCCCAAAGAACAUGCCAUGCCUCUCUUGGAGGCGCAACUGGCAUCUGGUGGAAUUAUUGAUCCAGUAAACAGUCAUCGUAUUCCUGCUGAGACUGCAAUCCAGUGUGGAUAUGUUACCAAACAGCUGGCUAGCAGCAUUGCUGAAAGCAAGUACUUCUCUGACCCUGCGUCUGAUGAGAAUGUAUCAUACAAACAGUUGAAAGACAAGUGCAUGGCAGAUCCUGAUACAGGCUUACAUCUACUAAAGCUCUCCAAACCACAGGCCCCAACGGUUGUGGAGAAGACAUACCUUUACAGUGAAGAACAAACCCAGAGUGAUCUAUCCAAUACCCAGAUUGACCUACCCAUUGAAGGUCAGGGCUCUAUGUCUCUCUGGGAUGUCAUGAAUUCAAAUCUACUACCUGAAGAUCUGAGGGCUCGGGUUCUAGAAGAAUAUCGUUCUGGCAACAUAACAAAGGAACGAAUGAUUAUCAUUAUAAUUGAGAUUCUGGAGCAGAGAGAGAUCAUUAAAGGGGGGAGCACCCAGACCGGCAGCACAAGUAGACGUCAAAUCACUAUUGAAGAUCUCUACAAUGCCCGUAUCAUCGACCUUGAGACUUACAACCUGCUGAAGAAAGAGAAUAAGACUAUGCGUGAUGUCAUGGAUAUGCAAAGAGUUAAACAAUAUUUGUAUGGAACUGGCAGUGUUGCUGGUGUGGUGACUGAUUCAAAUUCCAAGAUGAGCAUUUAUCAAGCAAUGAAGAGAGAGCUGAUGAAGCCAGACAUUGCAAUGGCCCUCUUGGAGGCUCAAGCAGCCACUGGAUUCAUUAUUGAUCCUGUCAGGAAUGAAAUGCUCACUGUAGAUGAAGCAGUGCGUAAAGGCGUGGUGGGCCCAGAACUUCAUGAUAAGCUCCUGUCUGCAGAGAGAGCAGUCACUGGCUAUAAGGAUCCAUAUAGUGGAAAGGUGGUCUCCCUCUUCCAAGCAAUGAAAAAGGACCUUGUCCCAGAGGACUAUGCCCUAAGGCUCCUUGAAGCACAAACAGCAACAGGCGGUAUCAUUGAUCCAGAAUAUAACUUCCACUUGCCAACAGAGAUCGCCACACAACGUGGAUAUAUUAACAAAGAGACAAAUGAAAAGCUCUCAGUUGAGGUUAAGGGAUUUGUAGACCCAUUGAAUGAUGAAAAAGUUUCAUAUUCUCAGCUUCUAAAAAGAUGCAAGGUAGACAAAGAUGGGCAAUAUCUGUUGUCUCUAGGAGACAAAAGACUGCUCUUCAAAGGUCUCAGAAAAGAAAUAACAAUAGAAGAGUUAUUCCGCUCAAAAAUCAUCGAUGAACAAACAGUCAGCAAGCUUAAUGAGGGAUUACUUACAGUGGAGGAGGUGAGCAAUAGCUUGCGAAAAUAUCUUGAGGGCUCAAGCUGUAUUGCUGGCGUGUUUGUGGAGUCUACUAAAGACCGACUCUCUAUCUACCAAGCCAUGAAAAAGAAUAUGAUCAGGCCAGGCACUGCUUUCGAGUUGCUGGAAGCUCAAGCAGCCACAGGUUAUAUCAUUGACCCUAUCAAGAACCUCAAGUUAACUGUAAAUGAAGCAGUCAAGAUGGGAAUCGUCGGUCCAGAGUUCAAAGAUAAGCUCCUGUCUGCUGAGAGGGCUGUGACUGGCUAUAAAGAUCCUUAUACAGGCAAAAUGAUCUCCCUGUUCCAGGCUAUGAAAAAGGGCCUGAUUUUGAGAGACCAUGGAAUUCGCCUUCUUGAGGCCCAGAUUGCUACUGGAGGAAUCAUUGACCCAGAGCAGAGUCACCGAUUGCCAGUUGAAGUGGCCUACAACCGAGGCUUUUUCGAUGAGGAGAUGAACGAGAUCCUCAGUGACCCAUCGGAUGACACCAAGGGCUUCUUUGACCCAAACACUGAGGAGAAUCUUACCUACUUGCAACUGAUGGACAGGUGUAUUGUCGACCCAGACACAGGUCUUGUGCUCUUGCUUCUUAAAGAAAAGAAACGCGAGAGACAGACGUCUUCCAAAUCCUCUGUUCGCAAACGCAGAGUCGUCAUUGUUGAUCCUGAUUCGGGUAAAGAGAUGUCUGUGUAUGAAGCCUACCGCAAAGGACUAAUUGACCAUCAGACUUACCUUGAACUUUCAGAGCAAGAGUGUGAGUGGGAAGAAAUCACAAUGACAUCAUCAGAAGGGGUUGAAAAGUCUAUACUCAUUGACCGAAGAUCAGGUCGACAGUAUGACAUUGAUGAUGCUAUUGCAAGAGGUCUUAUCGACCAGAGUGCAAUUGAGCAGUACCGCGCUGGCACCCUCUCUAUCACAGAAUUUGCUGAUAUGUUAUCUGGAAACAUGAGUGGCUUCCGUUCCCGCUCCUCUUCAUUUGGUUCCACCUCCUCUUAUCCAAUGAGCCCCAUACCUUCCAUCAAAACUCCUGCAACUGUAUGGAAUGAUCCAACUGAGGAGACCGGUCCUGUGGCUGGAAUCCUUGAUACAGAUAGCCUAGAAAAAGUUUCCGUCACUGAAGCCAUGCGUAGGAACUUAGUGGAUUCUAUAACUGGCCAGAGACUGUUGGAGGCACAGGCUUGCACUGGUGGCAUAAUAGACCCAUCUACUGGAGAGAAAUUCUCAGUUGCCGAAGCCACAGAGAAGGGUCUUUUAGACAAGAUAAUGGUUGACAGACUCAACUUGGCCCAGAAAGCUUUCCAUGGGUUUGAGGAUCCUCGCACUAAAGUCAGAAUGUCUGCUGCUCAGGCUCUCAAGAAAGGCUGGCUUUACUAUGAGGCAGGGCAACGUUUCCUGGAAGUGCAGUAUCUCACUGGUGGCCUUAUUGAGCCGGAGGCUGAGGGACGAAUCUCCCUAGAGGAGGCAAUCAGGAAAGGUGCUAUUGAUGGCCGUACAGCACAAAAGCUCAGAGAUGUGAGUGCUUACACAAAAUACCUUACUUGCCCCAAAACCAAACUGAAGAUCUCCUACAAAGAUGCCAUGGACAGAAGCAUGGUUGAGGAGGGAUCUGGCCUUAGGCUUCUGGAAGCAUCAUCAGUAUCCAGUAAAGGUCUCUACAGUCCUUACAAUGUCAGUGGUGCCGCAUCUGCUUCUGGUUCUCGGUCUGGAUCCAGGACAGGCUCUAGGUCAGGUUCAAGAAGAGGCAGCUUUGAUGCUACUGGCUCUGGAUUCAGCCUGAACUUCUCAUCAUCCUCAUAUACUUCCUCUGGUUACAGCCGCAGAUUUUAAAGCCGGACCUCAAAACAAACCUACCACAUGGUCCUGCAGCUUUCAUUAUCAAUGCUGACUCUAUACACUACAGUUAGAUAAGACACAGAAAUUAAUUCAAGAAAGAAAAAAAAUAAUCACUUUAUUCUGCUUUGCAUGUGUUUGGUAUAAGAAAUUGCAUUCCAAAAACUACCAGUAUCUUUUUGUCUGGCAAUGGUUAAGUUCCCAUUUUAUGUAUUUUAGAACUAUUGCCUGGUUAGCUUUAAUCAUAGUUGUCUAAUUUAGGUUUAUUUCAGUUCAUACAUAUAUUGCAUAUUUUCAAAGUGAUAUUUUUCUUUUCUUGUUUUAUACUAAGUACAGCAUCUAAAAUCAGGAAAAGUUCAAAUACAACAAAUUACAUUUUGGAGAUUUUUUUUAAAUCAAACUCUGAUUAGACUGUAUUCAAUAUUACUUACUAUUACAUUUCUACAUGUUAUUUUAGGAAAUAAUUUUUAUACUUGGGUUUAUUUAAGCAUAAUGUACCAGAAAAAUAUACCAAGUUUUACAAAAAAAGUAAUUAGAUUAAGAAAGAGUGUGGUCGUUUUUACAUAUUUGUAUAGAUUUGAUGGAUGGAUAUAUUAGAGGAUGCUAGCCAUCAUAGCAAAUAAAAGUUGCCGCUGGUUUCACAGAAUAUAAAAAAAACCACUACACCUAUACAUAAACACUAAAGGAGGAGCAAGCACUUUGUACAACAAGCCAAUUUUAAUGUCCCCUAAAACUGGAUGUUAUUUUUGUUAUGAAAGUCCAUUUUUCAUUUACUGGAUCCAGUCCGUCUCCAAAGUCCUUUUUAAAAAAAAAAAAAAGGAGUCCUCAAGGCCCAGAUUUACUGUCAGUCCUCCACUGAUGUGAUAUCCAAUGAAGAUUUCAGAUGGUUCAGGUGUCUGAUCCAUUCCUCACUCACAACAUCUGGGCAGAUCUGGAUGAAAUGUAGUACUUAGAUCAUCGGUUACUAGAUAUGGACACCUUGAUGAUGCCUCACAUUUGGUCUUGGAUCUGGAGAUGAAUGAUGCUCAUGAGAAGCCCACAUUCUUAGACAUUCAGAGCCUCACUGAAGGUUUCCUCCUUCCAUUGCAUCUGCCAUUUGCAUGAAGACACUAGAGGCUAGGGCUACCUUGAAGUUUGCCUUGGAUAUCAUAUCAAGAACUGACACUUUAGUGGACUGCUCCUGUUUUCAUCAGCUGGGAGCUGGACUUUGGAGUUUACACAAAUCAUUCAAAACAACAAAAGAAUUGGAUCCAUUAAAUUGAUCUUAAUGUGGACUUUUAUGUAGAAUCUCAAGAGUUCUAUUGCCUACAUUGUUUCUAGCCCCAAUAUGAGUUUUUAAAUAAAGCACUCAAUGCAUUAGAUACAGUAUGCAAACCAUUGUAUUGCAUUACACAUUUACAUAAUACAAAUAAAUACUGAUUACUUCUUUGACAAUGUAUUUAGGCUCAUUUAGUGUACGGCAAUUUAAUUUUUCAUUUGUACAUUUCCUGUGCCAAAAAACAAAACAAAACAUGUUUUGGUCAUUUGCUGCCUCCCAUGUAUUUCUUUGCUGGUUUUUAUAUUAAUUGUACUUGACUUGACUUUUUUCUUUCUUUUCUUUUUUUGAUGUUGUAUAUGUAAAAUAUUUUUUGCAUGUUUUACUAACUUGCUAUAAAUUGUUCUAAAAAGAUGAAGAAUAGAUUUUUGAAUUUACACCAAUAUAUGGAAGAUUAUAUGACUAAAAGAUGUAUGAAAUACUAACUGGUGGAUGAACUUUUUCCUUACGAGAUAGUGGUAAUAAAGAGUGAGUUAAUAGCACUAUACUCAAGUGUAAAUAAAUAUUAUUUUGGAAAGAUCA